UAGUCAGUGACAAACUCCUACUAAAACCUAAACUAAACCCCAGUCUUACAAACCUGAAAUCCAGAAAUACGGAUGGUGAAAUAAGCAGGACUAACUCCUCAAAUGUUUUUGAUGGAUGCUUUAAUAUCGGUUUCAUUUUUAGGCUGUUCCUCGCAGUUCCUCAGAGAAAGCACGUACUUUAAAAAAAAAUAAAUAAAGCCUUCCUUCGUGGUGACUAAAAACUCCGUUAUUAAAGAUGGCGUAGGCAGCAGAGUAGCUAACAAUAUUUACCAUGCGCUAAGUAAAUAUUUUAAUGUAUUUUCACUUGAGUGCAUUUCCUUACAGGAGGAACCCAGUCGACCUCUGCGCCCGCCACUCGCGCGUGCGUGGGAUGCUGGAGAGAUGCGCCGCUGGAGCAAGUCCGCUAACUCGCACCGCCACGGGAGGGAAGUGCUCUCCCCCCAACACACACACUCGCCAACCCUGACGAACUCGGACAUGAAAACCUCGUAUCAACCUUCAGAGAGGUCGUGCUGGCUUGGUGCUGGGCCAUCCUGUGAGUGACUGUCGAUGCUGAAGGUGGAAGACGAUGGCAGUGACCAGCAGCUGGACAUUGCUGGGUUUCCGCGGCUUUUCCUCCCGCCUUCUGACAACUCGCAGACUCGCUCCGAGAUUUGAGCAGAUGCAAGCCGCUAGCAACUAGUGCACCCAGCGAGACACCGCGAGCCUUCGAUUUCUCGGCGAUGAGGAUCGAGAUGUGGUUGCAGCGGUUAGCCUCCGCCCAGCGCUGCCCCACUUCUGUCUGCUGCAUGCUGCUGCUGUGGGGAGUGGUGGCCGCAUCCCCUGCAGAUGGCACCUCGAGCGUUCGACGAGUGCCCGACGAGCAGCGACUGUACGAGAGCAUCAUGGGCAGGUACCAGCAGUCCGUCAUGCCACACUCCAACGACUCCCAGCCCCUGGUGGUGGCUUUCUCCCUCCGUCUCAACCAGAUCGUCAGCUUGAAUGAACGCAAGCAGGUGCUGACGACAAAUGUUUUCAUAGACCAGGCCUGGACAGACCCCCGGCUAAAAUGGGAACCCCGGAGGUUCAGCGAUGUCCGCGCCAUGCGUAUUCCUGCUGACCACGUGUGGCUGCCAGACACCUUCGUGUACAACAAUGCUGAUGGCGGCAACUCGGGUUUCAUGCGGGGGACCUACGUUCAGAUCCAGAGCAACGGGAGGGUGCUGUGGCCAGUCCCACUGCGGCUGCGCAGUUCGUGCUCCGUGCACAUCACCUACUUCCCGUUUGACAGUCAGGUCUGCCUGCUGCGGUUUGGCUCCUGGACCUACGGGUUGUCCAAGCUGGACUACACAGCUCUGAAGUACAACCUGACCGUGGAUCCAUCCUCCUACAUCAACAACAGCGAGUGGGAGUUGGUGUCCAUCACCAUGAACCGCUCCAUCCUGUACCCGGCUGGACCAGGAGGCAUGGGGCGCCAAGGCCCCCACCCGUACCUGUCGUACGCCCUGCACCUGAAGCGAAACACCUUUUUCUACCUGUUCAACAUCAUCGUGCCGUGUGUCAUGCUGUCCACGCUCAACGUGCUCACCUUCUGGCUGCCCCCGCUGUCCGGGGAGAAGGUGACACUGGGUCUGUCUGUCUUCCUGGCUUUCUCCAUGUUCAUGCUGCUCAUCGCCGAGGAGGUGCCGGCCAGUUCUGAAGCUGUUCCCCUCAUUGGUGUCUACCUGUGCAUGGUGAUGACGAUGACGUCACUGUCCGUCAUCAUGGCGGUGGUGGUCACCAACCUGUACCACAGGGGGCGCAAGAUGCGGGCUGCUCCUCGCUGGCUGGCCAACCUGUGCAUCCACUGGCUGGCCAGACCUCUGUGUGUCAGCAACGACAUCCCGUUACAUGCCGCAGCCGUGGAUUUGGUGGAACAUUGCCAAUACGACGUGCAGCUGAGGAAGAUGUCACAGCCGCCCAGCCAGCAGACCAGCAUAGCGACCAGAGCCUCCAGCGAUCUCCACCCGGACACCCGCCUACAGAACCUCCAGUCUCACAUUCACCACGAGAACCUCCAGUCUGACACCCGCCCACAGAGUCUGGAGUCCGACGCACGCCAUGAGAACCUUCCCUCCGUCCACUGGCAAAUCCAAAAUGGCGACGUGACGUCACGGGAGGCGGAGAACCCGGAUAGCAGUGGUGGGAGGCGAAGGUCAUGGGGACUGCUUGCCUCCCCUGACUGGGCCCCAAAUCAGUUGUCGUCCCGCAGAGGAACGUCACUCGCCGGCGAGGGCUGCGAGAAGAGGGCAGGGCGAGAGCUUCACCCGCGGGCGAGGGACAGCGUCUCCAGCAGUCACAGGUUUCUCCCUGCCCCAGCCUUCAACGACGAUGAUGAUAAGGAAGAGGAGAAGGAACAAGACCACGUAGGCAGAGGUGACGAUGAUGGCAGCCACGCUGAUGAUGAGGAGGAAGAAGAGGUGUGGGUGUUGAGAACCAGUGGUCUCCCCUUGUCUCAGCCCGGCCAACAGCACGACGACGGGCUUGCGAAUGAGGAUGACGAAGAAUGUGACGAAGGCUGCGAUGAGUCGAGGAGGAGUUUGUUGUCGGACUAUAGAUCCCCGCGCUUUGCCUCCCCCCUGCAGCAGCAUCGUGCAGGCAGCACAGCCAUGCGCAGUCACAGCAUCAUGUCCGGGACUCUUUCGACUGGCGUAUGUCGUCCACAGCCCUCCCUGGAGCAAGGUGACUCAUUAAGCCGCACAGAACCUCUGUUCGGCCGUGACCUCGGAUACCAUGACCCCAACACGCCGCUGGUCGAAGGCAUCAACAGCCUGGCAGCAGACACACCUGCUCCUCCUCGCAGAGAACUUCGUCGUCUGGAUACAGACCAUCGCCAAACCCACUGUGACUCGCUCCACGUCCGUCUCGAGGAGCCCGGAAGUGAAGAAGGCGCCAGUGACGCACUUCCGUCGAAAGGCGGCGUCAGCAGCAAGAAGCUGGAUCCCCAGCCGACGUCCUCCGACCUGCAGGCCAUGCGGACGCUGGUGGCGGAGUGGCAGCAGAUCGCCACAGUGGUGGACCGAGUCAUGUUCCUCGUCUACCUCCUCUCCACCGUCAUCGCCUACGUCGUCAUCCUGCUGGUUCUGCCGGCCAACCAGCCCCCCAUCUUGGUCGCUGACAACAUCACACAGGUGGGGGAGCUGGACUUCCAGUUCAAGCGCCAUGACAGGUAGGAAGCCUCUUCCUUCACGCCCAACGCUGCAAGAUGUCCCCGGCGCACAACAUGGCGUCGAUCCCGACACGGUGGGUCAGUGGAUCCGAGGUACCCGGGGUUGUUUUAUUUUCAUGGUCAACAGGACAAAGUCCCUAAUACCUGCGAUUCCCUUCCCACACUAUUAAUGAAGAAGAUUAAUAACAGACAGGUAGGACUUCUAAACAAUGGAAACCGAGAGGACAGUCUACAGAGACAAAUCCCAGCAAGCAAAGCUGAGCGACAAAAGGAAGAGAACUGUUUUCUUCUUUCAUGCGUCCUGUUUUUCUGUAUAUUAUCUCUCGUACCUCAAACUAUGUCGGCCACACUCUUCGUAAACAAAGCUUCUUGUACAAUUCAUCAUCUGUUACUCGCUACAGUUUUAUCCUUUGUUGACUCGUUAUUCAGAAGUGUGCCAUCAUCCACAAGGGAUGUUCUUUAUGAUUUCAAGACUUUUACUUCAAUGUUUUGUAGUACUGAGUGAGUGUGAGUGUUUAUUGCUUGAACAUUUUUUUUUUUUUGCAAUGUAUUUUUUAAGCUGAAUUCUACCCAGACCUGUUUUUUCGGUUGUACAGGAACAGUUUUUCUUUACAGUCUGCUUUUGAGAAAUUGCCUGUACGGUUUGCCACCAAGAGGUUUUAAUAUUUUAAGCAAAGCGAUUUUUCUAAACACCUCAUUCAUUCUUCUGGCAACACGAAAAGAACCAUUCUGUAAACAAAAAUCAUUUUCAAUAAAAGCCACUACAAACGUUUUAAUCUGUAAUACUACAUUGACUUUUCGUGAUGCAAAUAGUUUCAGUUUGUAACAACCUUAUCUUCCAAUAUCCGACUCUCCCAGUCUCUCAUUCACACACACACACCGCUUGAUUGUGCACGUGAAGGCGAUCAUUCGAGAAAUCCGUUCCAGCAGUUGGUGCAAAGUGAACAGGAUGCCAGGAGUCUCAGCCCCAACUGAACCCACGAGAGAAAGUUUACAGGAUUCUGCGGGAUACAACAGAUAACAGGAGCCGCCACUGGAGCGACAACAUCAACACCUGCAAUUCAUCAUCCCUCGCUUUCACAGCUCUGCGCACUAUUUUGUAAAGUGGAGAGCGAGCGGUGAUGCGGUGUGUGGGUGUGUCGGUGUAUCGGUUUAUUGGUGUAUCGGUGUGUUGGUAUAUCGGUGUGUCUGUGGCGGUAUAACGGUGUGUCUGUGGCGGUAUAACGGUGUGUCGGUGUAUCGGUGAGACGAAGUGUCGAUGUGUCGGUGUGUCGGUGUAUCGGUGAGACGAAGUGUCGAUGUGUCGGUGUGUCGGUGUGUCGAGAAGCAGGCUGAUCCGUGUCUAUGGCUCGCUCUGGCAUUCUGGAGAGAAUUCUGCCUGGCAUUAGCCGCACUACCUCCCGUGAUGCCUGUGAACAGCUGGAUCUGAGGUCGCCGUUACUUUGGGGGGUGGGGGUAGAUGGGGGAGACGAUCGAUCACUCUCCUCGUCUUUCCUUCACCAGCAGUCAGUGUGACGUCGAUGUAGAUGCGAUCGUCCAGAAAUGGAGUCAGUGGAGACUGGAGGUUGUGGGCUGGGUGGACGAGGUACAUCGAGCAAACAACAGAGACUUUGUCACAGAAGGCAUCUGGCAUCAGGUGCCACAUCCAUAAAAAAACCGAAAACAAACAAAAAAAACAACAACAACAACAACAAAGUGCCCGAGACAAGAUCUGUCGGGACACUCUAUCCUCGCUGUAUUGGCGACAAACGCUUAACCACUGCGCCACCUGAGCCACACACACACUGUAAAAUAGUUUAUUAUUUGCAGAUAAUGACAUUAUCUACGAUAAGUGACUUCCCUCCAGAGGGACCACCACCAUUGUUGAUGUUGACAACUUAGCCGCCGCAGAGAGAGGUCAUGGGAUUGACAAACAGAAGUUGCUGUUAACUUUGUUUACACACCGACUGUACAGGUCUACACCUCAUGUCUAGCGAUCCUCGGAUCCGAGAAUUUGUUUCUUUUCUUUUUAAAAUAUUUUUAUGUGUGGUGCACUCAGAAUGUAAACAACACAAACAUCCUUCACACUUCAACAAUCACUGUUCACACUCGUGUUGUACUUUUCACACCUCUCUAAAUUAAAACAACCCCGACAGUGGUAGUAUGAUGACAAUGUACAUGUCUGUGCUCUGUUCUCUGGCUUCUUAUCUCCGGGGUUCGUCUCCAUGAAAGAAAAGAAUUCAAGUCUGGAAAAAUAAAGUAUUCUGUUGUUACUUUUUGAAAAUGUAGUCACAGCUUUGUGUGCUUGUGGUCAGCGCUGUCUUGAUUUUACAUUUUGAUAAUUCUGUUUUCUUUUAAAAUCUUGUCCUUUGUUUC